UCCACAAUGGAGAAAAGAGAAGGUGGUAAUCAUGCCAUUGAUCAGAAUGCAGGUCAGAGCAUCAUGCCAAGAAGAAAUACAGGAAAUCUUAACUACUUGAAUGUGGAUAUGCAGGUUGCCAAUGCAUCAGAAGCAGCUGCACUUUUUGAUUUACAUCAAGCACACCAUUUUGGUGAGUUUGAACAUUCUUCAGAACAGCACUGCAAGCAGGAUCUGUUUCCUAAGUGGCACUUGCCAAUGAAGAUAGCAUCUGUGAUCUCAUUAUUAACAUUUAUUUACACUUCCAUGAGAGAUGUCAUAUAUCCUUUUAUAACCAAAAAGGAAAAGGUUUUCUAUAAAAUUCCAAUCCUUGUCAUAAACAAAGUUUUACCAGUGACUUCAAUUACCCUUUUAGCACUAGUGUAUUUACCAGGAAUAUUAGCUGCUAGUUUCCAGCUGUACUUUGGCACCAAGUAUAAAAGGUUUCCCCAGUGGCUGGAUAGAUGGAUGUUAUCAAGGAAACAAUUUGGACUUCUCAGUUUCUUCUUCGCUACACUGCACGCCUGCUAUAGCCUGUGCUAUCCAAUGAGAAGAUCCUACAGAUACAAGCUGCUGAACUGGGCAUUCCAGCAGGUAAAACAAAAAAAAGAAAAUGCCUGGAUUGAACAUGAUGUUUGGAGAAUGGAGAUUUAUGUGUCUCUAGGAAUCCUCGGACUUGCUUUGCUGGCCCUGUUGGCAAUAACAUCAAUUCCAUCUGUAAGUCACUCUUUGACCUGGAGAGAGUUCCACUACAUUCAGAGCAAGAUGGGAUACUUAGCCCUUCUGCUAUGCACUGUUCAUGCACUGGUGUUUGCUUGGAACAAGUGGGUUGAUGCUAACCAAUUCAUCUGGUAUACGCCACCUUCAUUUAUGGUUGCAGUUUUUCUUCCUAUUGUAGUUCUGCUUUGUAAAUGUGUACUGCUCCUCCCAUGUUUCAGGAAGAGGAUAAGAAAAAUCAGAAGUGGUUGGGAAGCUAAGACACAAGCCAAUCAAACCACCAUAACUUCCAGACUGUAGAUCAAAUAUGAACAUUUCCUGUCUAUAUAUCUAAAUAUGCUCAAAGCCAUUACAUUUUCACUCAUGAGCUCUGUUUUCACAUUUGCUAUAGAUGUUUCUUUCUCACUUUUAUUUUUGACUUCAGGAUCAUGAGAUACUUGAUGCAAUUUUGUUGUUUUCAAAGACAGCAAAUGAAAACAUCUAUUUUACACUUUAGUCUGUUCAGUGUUUUGUUAUUUGAUUAUUCUUUCUCUUGAC